UAUGUGAAGAAAAUGGUUUUGAUCGAAUAGUACAAUAACUUAUUUGAUUAAUCAAAUAUUUACCUUCAUAGCCGGUAUUAAAAAGUAAACUUCCAUUAAUGUGUCAAACUCUUUUUGAAGCUAAAGCUGCAAAAAAAUUAACAUUUGCGGAUAUUGGCAAAAAGAUUAACAAAGAUGAAGUUUGGGUUGCAGCAGUUUUUUAUGGACAGGCUAAACCUGAUGAAUCGGAUCUAAAGGAACUAAGCAUUGUGUUGGAUAUUAGAGAAAAUUAUUUGAUUAAUGAUUUUGGGACUAAAACUUAUUUCCCCGAUCGUGGAGGAUUAUUUCAAAUGCCACCAACUGAUCCUGUUAUUUAUCGGUUCUAUGAAAUAUUGCAGGUGUAUGGAUAUCCACUUAAGGCAGUGAUUCAUGAAAAGUUUGGUGAUGGGAUUAUGUCUGCAAUUGAUUUUACCGCAAAAGUUGACAAGAUUAAGAAAGAAGACCAUGAAAAAGUUAAAAUAACAUUUGAAGGUAAGUUUUUGCCAUACAGAAAAUGGUAGAUGUAAAGUGUUGUUAUAAUUGUUAUGAUUUCAUCUAUUUUUAAUAAAAUGGUCAAAAAUGAUCGAUGUCAUCUUAAACGCAUGUGCAAAUAUCACGGGAUGUACUGUAAUUCUUAUCUGCCAAUAAGAUGCUGUAAAUUUG